GCAUUUUAUCGAGGAGGAACUAGUAAAGGAUUAUUAGUAACCUCAAAAGAAUUGUUUCGCUUCUCUCAAAAUGCUCGUGAUAAGAUACUAUGUAAAGCAAUGGGAAGUCCAGAUCCCGAUGGAAGACAGAUUGAUGGUCUUGGAGGAGGUACUUCAUCAACAUCAAAAGUAGCAAUCGUAUCCAGAAUCGAUAGCAAGUACGAUGAAAUUGCACACAAGAUGUGGCAUCCGUUUCCUAUUGGUCCUGGAGCGAGAAAACUUUUUGAUUCUUCUGAACAUUUUGAAAAGAUAUCAGAUGCUGCCGAUAUCAUGUACAGGUUCGGACAAGUGUCAAUCAAAGGAAACAAUGAAAUCGACUGGGGAAGUACGUGUGGAAACAUGGUCUCCGCUGCUGCUCAUUUUGCUAUAAGGCAAUCCUUAUUCGUACCAAAGCUUGCGAUGCACUUAUUAAGUCAAGAAGAGCUGUCUUCCACCGUCCUGGAAGAAAUACGAAAUCCAUUUGAUGUCACUGUUCGCGUUUUAGCACACGACUCUGGCAAGAUCAUCAAAGUACACACAAAAGCUGAAUUCGUGCGAUUUGGAAGUGGAAUUCAUAUGCAGCCGAUCGAACAUGGUGAUGUCAGUAUUGCAGGUGUUCCAGGGACAGCCUCAGGAAUUGUUGUUGAAACGCCUCUAGAAGGAGGAUCAGUUUUGAGUACAGGCAAUGAGAGGGACACAAUCGAAGUAGACGGUAAACAGGUUGAAGUUUCAAUCGUGAAUACAGGACUGCCGGUUGUCUUUGUACACGCAAGCUCACUUGGAAUCUCACUGUCUGAUUUGACGCAGCAUCCUGCAAGUAUCGAUGCAAACAAACCCUUGAUCGAGCUGUUAGAAAGGGUUCGCCAUGCCGCCUGUCAAUUAACACCUCAACUUCAAUCAACCUAUUCGAAACCAUCUCCAAAAUUGUGCGUGAUACAUGAACCAAUUCCAUACACGAAUACUGGUGGGACAGAAGUGGAAGCAAAAGAUAUGGAUAUCUUUAUUCGUGUUUUGUCUUCAGGUCAAUUGCAUCGUACGGUACCGGCGACGACACUUUCUGCUACUGCUGCUGCCAAAUGCCAUGGAAAUACGAUUGUAGCAGAAUUGAUAAAGAAAGAAUAUCAAGGAGAUCGAACGAUUCCUGAAAACACUCAAAGUUUUAAAAAUCACAAUAUGGUCACUGUCGGUCAACCUGCAGGAUUAACAUCAACGUGUGUAGAGGUGAACGAAGAAACGAAAGAGCCAAAAGCUGUAUUUGAUGUUCGAAGUGCACGUCAAAUCAUGUAUGGUGGCAUUACAGUGCCU